UUUGGUUGGCGGAUGUCGGUUUCAAUCAAGCAGCUGGCUUUCUGUUUAGGGCUAAAGUGAGUGUGCCGGGUGACUGGGUUAUGUGUGCAACAGCGAGGUCUCAAUGCAAUAAACGGAGGGUGGAAUACAGCUAAUUAUUUCGACUUGAAAAUACAGGGAAACAAUUGAGCAGGUCUCAACUAAUACUGCUCGAGAAAUGCGUUCUGCACGGAAAUGGACUAUCUGCACGAUAAGCAUCCUUCUGAUUUUCUAUAAGACAAAAGAAAUAGCAAGAAGUGAGCAGCACCAGGAAGCGCAACUCACUGGGGAUGGCGAGCUUUGUCCGACCAGACUAAUGGUAAAUAAUUCUGAUAAAGUCAAUGGAAGACAGGUUUUUCCACAACAUUCAGUAGAAGGCUGGAAGAUCAACUCAUCUUUAGUAUUAAAUAUUAGGAAAGAUAUCCUUCGAUUCCUAGAUGCAGAAAAGGAUGUGUCAGUAGUCAAAAGCAGCUUUAAGCCUGGAGAUGUCAUCCACUAUGUGCUAGACAGACGUCGGACACUCAACAUUUCACAUAAUUUGCACAGCCUACUGCCAGAAGUAUCACCAAUGAAAAACAGGAGAUUUAAAACUUGUGCUGUAGUUGGCAACUCAGGAAUUCUUCUUGGCAGUGGAUGUGGAAGAGAAAUUGACAACCAUGAUUUUGUAAUAAGAUGUAAUUUGGCACCAGUGGUGGAGUUUGCUGAAGAUGUAGGAAACAGAUCUGAUUUCAUCACUAUGAACCCUUCUGUUAUACAACGAGCAUUUGGAGGAUUUCAAAAUGAAACUGACCGAGAGAAAUUUGUUCAAAGGCUGGCAAUGCUGAAUGAUAGUGUUCUCUGGAUUCCUGCCUUCAUGGUAAAAGGUGGAGAGAAGCAUGUAGAGUGGGUUAAUGAGCUAAUCCUGAAGAAUAAAUUAAAAGUACGAACUGCAUAUCCAUCACUUAGACUCAUUCAUGCUGUGAGAGGAUAUUGGCUGACCAAUAAAAUUAACAUCAAGCGCCCAAGCACAGGACUUUUAAUGUACACCUUGGCUACCCGCUUCUGUGAUGAGAUUCACCUUUAUGGGUUUUGGCCGUUCCCCAAGGACUCCAUUGGAAAGCCUGUUAAAUAUCACUAUUAUGAUGAACUAAAAUAUCGAUAUUUUUCCAAUGCCAGUCCCCAUAGGAUGCCGCUGGAAUUUAAAACAUUAAAGAUGUUGCAUAGUAAAGGUGCUUUGAAAUUGACAACUUCUAAGUGUUUAGAGGCAUAAAGUGCAAUGCUUGGAGUCUCUUGUGCCCCAGUGGCGGACCACUUAACUUGCCAUGGAUUUGACAGUGAAGAGUGUUCUUAAUUGAUGGACUGACAACAUAAAAGGGGGAUCAAUGGAGACUAUGCUGACAGCUGAAAGAAAUGAAAACUGAAUGUAAGA